AUUCCGUGUCUUGAAAAACAGCCCACCUCCCACAACAACUCUCCACUCUGCUCUGCAACUGCAGCUUAAUUGUACCGACAAUGGGUAGGGAGGAACUGUCCAUAUCCGUACCCAGUCCCUUCAGGUGCCCCAUCUCCAUGGAGGUGAUGAAAUCCCCUGUGAGCUUGUGCACGGGGGUCACCUACGACCGCUCCAGCAUCCAGCACUGGCUCGAGUCCGGCCAUGACACUUGUCCAGCCACCAUGCAGGUCCUCCCCUCCAAGCACCUUGUCCCCAACCUCACCCUCCAUCGCCUCAUCCACCUCUGGCUCCUCCAUCACCACCACUCCUCUCUCAAUUCUCCGUCUUCCUCCUCGUCUAGUACUGCCGCGUUGAUCUCGUCUGAGCAAGUUCGGAUUUUCGUCGACAUGAUUGAGGGCGAUAACGGCGGCCAGCUCGAUUGCCAUGAUUACCUGGCAAAGAUUGUUGACUUCGCGAAAGUUCGCGACGAGAACCGGAGGUUUCUGGCUCAUUCCAAAAGCUUCGUGGAGGUCAUCGUCAGUUUUCUUUGCAAAAGUAGGGAGAUAGAGGUUUUGGAGUUGGUUGUUAGGGUUUUAUAUUUGAUUAUGUCACAAAAGGGAGUUGAAGAACGAGUGCGCGGGUUGAUUUUCGGAAGCAAUAACCAAAAAUACUUCUCUUCGAUUUGUUUGCUUUUGCGAGACGGAAGUUUAAGCUCGAAGAUCGAGUCGGUGAGGAUUUUGGAGUCGCUUGCUUCCGACUCCGAAUCCAAACGCGGAAUCGCAGAAAAGGAAGACCUUGUCUCGGUGCUGUUUCAUCUCUUGAACUCUGACAAUGCCAAUACAGCCGACCUACACGACGCCAUUUUGUCGUGUUUAAUCGCCGUCUCAGGUAGUCGUUUUGGAAAAUCCAAACUCAUCCGGUUGGGACUCGUUCGAGUCCUCUCCGAAAGGCUCUCAAACCCCAACACCAAGACUUCCACCGCCGAGAAGUCUUUAAACCUAUUAUCAGUGGCUGCCUCAUGCGGGGAGGGUCGGUCGACCAUAAGCGAGGACUCAAAGCAGUGCGUGGCGGCUGUAGUGGAGAGGCUGAUGAAGGCAGGGACGGAGGACGCGGUGGCAGUGCUGUGGGGGAUGUGCUGCUUGCAUGGAGACAGGAAGGUGAAGGACGUUGUGGUGAAGAGCAAUGGGGUGACGAAGCUGCUGUUGGUGAUGCAGAGCGAGUACUGCGAGGGCCAUGUGAGGAGGAUGUGCGCGGAGCUGCUUAAGGUCUUGAGGGAUGGGUUCAAGUCCGCCGCAAGCGGCGGUUUGGGGUUGGGGAGGUAUGAGACGAAGACUACUCACAUCAUGCCCUGCUAAUUGGAUUUGCUCGAUAUAUACGUAUGUAUCUGUGCAUGGGUUAUGUUUGUUUGCUAAUUGGGAAAAUAAUAAGAAAAGUUGUAGUUUCAAGUGGUGCAAA